UAACGAUGCUUGCCCGGGCACGUGUGCUUAUAUUGUGUCGUACCAGAAGGCAGUGAAAAAACAUUCUUCGGCUUAAACUUUUUUUUGCUUACAACUGGAGCUGGGCAAAGACCCAUCUUCAGCAUCGAGAAUAUCAUCGAAGAUGUUUUCAUUUUUAAAGUGUUGGAAAAUGGAAGGAAAAUCUAAUUUCAUUUUGGCACGCUUCAAAGAUGAAACUGGUGAAAUCACAAGUAUUCCUUUGGAUAUUCCAGUUAAUAUCACUGUUGAUAAAUUGUCUAAUAUAUGCAAUUCACUUUUAAACAAGGAAGGUGUUCCUUUUCUUUUCUUUGUGAAUGAUGUGCAAAUCAAAGAUUCUCUUCUGAAUGUUGUGGAGAAAAAGCAGUUAGAAAGUGAACAGAUCUUGGAAAUCACUUAUGCAGAACAAGCUGUAUUCAGAGUUCGACCAGUGACCCGUUGUACCAGCUCUAUCCCAGGACAUGCUGAAGCUGUUAUAUCUGCCUCUUUCAGUCCAGAUGGCAGAUAUUUGGCUAGCGGUUCUGGAGAUACAACUGUCAGACUCUGGGAUGUAUGUACUGAAACUCCUCAGUACACAUGUAAAGCUCACAAACACUGGGUCUUAUGCAUUGCAUGGUCACCAAAUGGUCUAAAACUGGCAUCAGGAUGCAGAAAUGGUCAGAUUUGCAUUUGGGAUCCACGGACAGGGAAACAAAUGGGAAAAACACUUUCUGGUCACAUAGGCUGGAUCAAUGCUCUGGCUUGGGAACCAUUACACAGGAAUGGGGAUUGUCGUCGUCUAGCCAGUGCUUCCAAAGAUACCACUGUUCGUGUAUGGGAUAUUGUUACAUAUCAUGCGUUGUAUGUCCUAAGUUCCCAUACAGGCUCUGUCACUUGUCUCAGAUGGGGAGGUUCUGGCCUCAUAUAUUCUGGCUCUCAGGAUCGUACCAUUAAAGUCUACCGAGCAAGUGAUGGAGCUUUAUGCCGGACGCUGAAAGGCCAUGCCCAUUGGGUGAAUACUAUAGCUUUGAAUACUGAUUAUGUCAUGAGAACAGGUCCAUAUGAUCCAAGUAAAGCAAAUGUCAAUUAUAUGGAGGUAACAGAGAAAAUGAGUGCAGAGUUAGCAGCAUUAGCCUUAAAGCGUUAUGAAACAGCUACUAAAGGCGAACCAGAAAUUAUGGUGUCAGGUUCAGAUGAUUAUACAAUGAUAAUGUGGGCACCUGAAAAUGAAAAGCAAUCCAUAGCUCGUUUGACAGGCCACCACAAUCUGAUAAAUGAUGUUAAAUUUUCUCCGGACAUGAGGUUGAUAGCCACUGCCUCAUUUGACAAAUCUAUUAAACUGUGGAAUGGAAGAACAGGAAAAUACAUAUCUUCCUUACAUGGUCAUGUUCAACAAGUGUAUCAAAUUUCUUGGUCAGCUGAUAGCAGACUACUAGUUAGUGGAAGUGCGGAUUCCACUCUAAAAGUCUGGGACAUGAGAACUUUCAAGCUUAUGAUUGAUUUGCCUGGCCAUUCUGAUGAAAUUUAUGCUGUAGACUGGAGCCCAGAUGGACAACGUGUAGUAAGUGGAGGUAAAGACAAAGUCAUUAAAAUAUGGCGACAGUGAAUGGAAAUAAUGUCAUUUCCGUCAUUGUAAAUAGCUUCUAUCUGUAAAUAAAAAAACAUCAUUUA